CUAAGCAAGGGAGGUUUCCUCAACUCUUUUUGCCAGGGGCUCCUCUUUGCCUUUGUCCGCCACGCGUCGUCUCCUCCAUCGGCGAAGCACCGGCCAAGUCCGCUAACCGGAGGCAAAGAAAUGGCGCCCAAGGAUCCAAGAGAGGAAGUCAUUCAAGCAUGGUAUAUAGACGACAGCAACGAGGACCAAAGACUCCCACAUCAUCGCGAGCCCAAGGAAUUCGUUUCCCUGGACCAACUUGCUGAACUUGGAGUACUUGGCUGGAGACUCAAUGCAGAUAACCACGAAACAGAUGAAGAAUUGAAGAAAAUACGUGAAGGGCGCGGAUAUUCAUACAUGGACAUCUGUGAAGUUUGUCCAGAGAAGCUGCCGAAUUAUGAGGAGAUGAUCAAGAACUUCUUCACAGAACAUCUUCACUCUGAUGAGGAGAUCCGCUAUUGCCUGGCUGGUAGUGGUUACUUUGACAUAAGGGAUCAGGAUGAUGUUUGGAUUCGGGUUUGGGUGAAGAAGGGAGGAAUGAUAGUUUUCCCCGCGGGAAUCUACCACCGUUUCACCCUUGACUCGGACAACUACAUGAAGGCGAUGCGAUUGUUUGCCGGCAGCCCCAUUUGGACCCCCUACUAUCGUCCUCAAGAUCAUCUGCCGGCUAGAAAGGCGUACCUGGAGGCUUUUGGCCGGAAGGAAGUGAGUAAUCAAGCUUGUGAUGCUGCAGCAUGAGACGGAGCACGACACAGUGACGAACAAGAGAGACCAUUCGAUAACGGCUCAAAAUAAAUGUACCGACCGUAUCAUAGGGCAUCCGCAUCCGGGUCGCCCCUCGCCUAUUUGUCUUCUUUAACUCGAUCUUGAUCUUGUCUAUGUCUAUGGUCAUUACUUUUUUGAUCUAGUAUAUGAACAUUUGGUUAUGUCAUAACGUGUCUGGAGACUGAUUGACUAUGCUUGCACUCACGGCUUUGCGGUUUCUCUAUGGAAUUUCGGCUCCGUUUGGGAACCGCUUUCCCAAGGGUGUUUGGAGGCUAAAAGGCCUUUGGGCCAAAUAUUUAGUGUUUGGCAAUC